AUGAGUCGUCGAAUCAAAAGCAAAACAAUUGCAGAGUCCACGCUAGUGCCGUUUUUGUUGCGACUUUUGUUUUCCAAGUCCGAUGCGAGUCCCUGUACUGAUGAUGCCGAAAAAAUCAUUAAGCACGUUCUUUACGGCACCGGAUCCCGUCGUGUGGUGCUUUUGAGUUUGUGCAAUGAAUCACUGGCUCAAAAACUGCGCAAUCUGCUGCAUGAAAAGCCUUGUGAGCUACUUGAUGGACGCCCGAUGUACGUCGAGUUUGCUUUACCUCGCACGGAACUGGAAGCGCGCGAGCGACUGCUUCGAGUACACAAUGUGCAGCGCAAUGCCGGUCCUCCCGGGCUAAGAGUUCCUGGAUUAAGAUUCGAGACAGAAUUUAUUGACGAAGCACAAGAGGCUGCCUGUAUGGCAUUCUUUGAUAGAGAUCAUGGGGCGCAUUGGGCCCACACCAUCCGUGCAAGACAAGUGCAGCAUUUUGGCUACGAAUUUAACUACAAUACACGAAGAUGUGACCUAAAUGAGCCUAUAAAUGAACCUAUACCCGAAGUUUUGCAGCCUAUAUUGGAUAAGAUUGUAAAGUGCGGAAUAAUGGACGGCGAGAGACCUGAUCAGAUCACGGUCAAUGAAUAUUUACCUGGACAAGGCAUUGCGUUUCAUGUGGAUACGCACUCGGCGUUUACGACAACAAUUGCAACGUUAAGUAUUUGUAGUGAAGUAGUCAUGGAUUUUCGACACUCGGCUAAUGGCAGAAAUGAGGGCAUUAUACUGUCAGCCCGUUCACUAGCUGUCAUGAGCGAUGCUAGUCGCUACUAUUGGGAGCAUGCUAUCGUUCCACGUACGUUCGAUGUGAUCGACGGAAUGCAGAUUCCUCGGCAGCGUAGGGUAAGCAUAACGUUUCGCAAGAUCCAGUCGGGGCCUUGCAAAUGUUUAUUUCCGCAGCUUUGUGAUACACCAAAGCGAGAGACACAAGAGAACUCUAUACAACAAGCGUUGGAUAUCACCGGUGCAGAGUCUGCGAGUGUUGCCCCUACUGAGGUGGAGCAGCAAUACGUUCAUAAGUUUUACGAAACGGUUGCGGCGCAUUUCAGUAGCACUAGACACAGUCCGUGGCCGAGAGUUGCAUACUUCGUUAAAUCACUGCCGAGCGGAUCGAUUAUUGCUGACCUCGGUUGCGGAAAUGGAAAAUAUACGAAGUGUGUAGAAUCAUUGCAGAGUUUUGUCCUCGGCUGCGACCGUAGCUCACGUCUUGUGAACAUCUGUCGAAAUCGAGGACUUGAUGCACUGGUGUGUGAUGCACUGGUGGUUCCUUUACGAUCAAACUCGUGCGAUGCAGCGUUGUCAAUCGCUGUCCUCCACCACCUUAGCUCACGCGACCAUCGACUAGCGGCAAUUAGGGAAAUGCUCCGCGUCCUACGUGUGGGUGGGCGUGGAAUCAUUUACGCAUGGGCGCACGAGCAAAUGCAAGGUUCUCGUCGUCGUUUUGAAGAAGAUAGGCAAGAUUAUAUGAUACCUUGGAAUCUGGACAUGCGCUUUGCAUCGUCAGAAAAGGGUGGUGAUGGAGCUGAUGAGUUGACUGAAGAUGCUAAACAUUGUAACAGUAAGGCUACGAGAAAGAAAUUCGGGCCUUUGGUAAUCCAAAGAUAUUGCCACAUGUUUAAGCGCGGCGAGCUAGAAAGUUUGGUAGCGGUUGCAGGUAACGCCCUAGUGGAGGAGAGCUAUUACGAUGAGUCAAAUUGGGCUUUGGUGUUUCGACGUUUUAGGUGA